UCCCCUCUCUCUCUCUUUCUCUCUUCUCUCUCUCGAGUUUGCAACUAUGGGAAACCCUGAAGCAAACUCUUCUGAUUACCAGCAAGACCAAGCAGAUUCCAAUGUCCAAAUUCAGAAUAAUGUCCAGGUAUCUUAUGAUGAUAACAGCAACAGCAACAACCCGGCUCACUACGAUCCGAACCCACAACGCGACCAGCCGUAUCAGCCCCUCCAAUCCGGAGGCGACGACAAUGGCCUGAAUCUACAAUACCAGCAGAACGAUGCCGCGAGUAACCAAAGGCAGCAGCAGCAACAGCAGUUCAGCGCUGCGCAGAACGCGCGGUCACCACCACAAUUCAACCAGCCCUUUGCGAUGGCACCGCCCCCUCAGCCUGUGGCGCAGUUCCCGCCUCAAAGCCCUCAAAUGAACCCAACUUAUGCGAAUCAAGGGGCUUAUCCGCCGCAGCAGCAGCCAGCCUACCCUCCGGCGGCGGUGGCACCUCAACAAUAUCCUCCUCAACAGCAACUGCAAUAUGCUCAACAGAGCGCACCCCAGGUUUACCCUCAGAGCACGCCACAACCGAAGCCAUAUCCUCCUUCCCAAGCUUAUCAACAACAGAUGGCCGCUCAGCCUGUGCAGUUCCCACCGCCGGCAGGCGAAGUGCAGUACGCCGCGGUGCCGCCUUCGCUGAUCAAGCCGGGAGUCCAGGGACACAACGGCACGGCUCAGGGCAUUCCAAUGCAGGCGAACAUGAUGGGCAACGUCAACACUGAAGGAUGGACGACAGGGCUGUUUGAUUGCAUGGACGACCCCUUGAACGCUGUUAUAACGUGCCUCUUCCCAUGCUUGACGUUCGGCCAGGUCGCAGAGCUCAUAGACAACGGCACAACCACUUGUGCGACGGCUGGAAUGAUGUACGCGCUGAUCGGCUGCUUCAUCGGGUUGCCAUGCAUCUACUCAUGCACGUUCCGAUCGAAGCUCAGGAGCAAGUUUGGGCUGGUGGAGUCGCCUGCUCCGGAUUGGAUCGUCCACUUCCUGUUCGAGCCCUGUGCUCUUUGCCAAGAGUACAGAGAACUUAACCGCCGAGGCUGGAAUCCCGCCAUUGGAUGGGUGGGCAACGUUCAAAGACAACAGCAGAUGCAGCAGCAGCAGGUUGCCAUGAUGCCCCCCAUGAGUCAAACAAUGAUGGCUUGAUGAGUUGUGAUGUGUUGAAUGCGUUCAUGUCCAAAACUCUUGUGUCGUCUUUUUGAGUUCCUUUGAUUUUAAGGUUGUCCUACUGAAAAAGGUUGCUAAGAAUUGUUUAGGGGUCAUUUCUUAUGCCAUUGUAAUGGAAUGGUUGAAUUAACAGGUUGUAAGUUAUUUCUUUGCUUGUCACCAUGGACAAAAAUUGCCAUAUUGUGAAUGACGUUUAGUAAA